AUGGAUGGAAAGAUUGACGUCCACCACCACUAUUUACCCGAGGAAGUCGUGGCGAAACUUGCUCGGUCUCUAAUUGGUCAGAGAAAGCUGCCACCAGUCCCGCGUUGGUCACCCGAAGUGAGCAGCGAGUACAUGGAAAAAGUUGGAACAGGCACUGCCAUUCUGUCCUUCCCAAUUACAUUUGCCUUUGAGGGCAAUGAAGGCAGUGAAGUAGCAAGACAGGUCAACGAGUAUGCAGCCAAAGUACGAGAUCAAGAUCCCAAGCGAUUUGGAUUCUUCGCAGCGAUUCCCUCGCUCUUAGAGCCCGAAAAUGCCUUGCUGGAAAUCCGCCAUGCCUUCGAUAAUUUGCAAGCAGAUGGUGUCAUGUUGCUUGCUCGCUAUGGUGAUGCAUACCUAGGCAAUCCAUCCUUCAUCCCUAUCUGGGAAGAAUUGAACCAGCGCUCUGCGGUGGUGUUGGUGCACCCAGGUUCCAGCUUCCUCGGGGGGCCCCGGUUCAACCAAUACGUUGACCCCAGUGUCGCUGAGUUCCCCCAGGAAACCACAAACACGGCUUUGGAUAUGAUCAUGAACAACACUCUGCGGAGCUUUUCCAAUUGCAAAGUUAUCUUGUCCCAUGCCGGCGGGACGCUCCCGUACCUUAUUCGACGAGCGUCGGCUCUCAUUCCAAUGUUUGCCGCGCACAUCGACCCUCCACCCAAGCCGGCCCAUGAGAUUCUUGAGGAUUUCAAAACCUUCUACUUUGACCUGGCUCUGUCGAGCUCUGCUUAUACUUUGGAUCUGUUGCUGAAGCAUGUGCCUCACGACCAUAUCUUGUAUGGUAGUGACUUCCCAUUUGCGCCAACUCCAGCAACUGUUGCCUUUGCAAGGGAAUUGGACGAGUACCCAAUGACCGAUGAGACAAGAGAGAUGAUCAAUUGGAAGAAUGCGCGGGCGCUCUUCCCGCGUCUUAUGAAGCAGUGA